CUGCGUUGACGACGUGUCGCUGCGACGGUGAACGCGAUAUUCUUAUCGGUUUCGUAACGCGUGUUAUCAAUACGCACUGAUGGCCGGUUGAUUAGCCCCGAUCUCGAUUUAUGCUUCCGAAACAAUACCGUACCGGUAUCGAGAUCGUACGUUCGCGAGUGAAUCGCUUUUCAGCGUUUGUAUCUCGAAAGUCACUGUGUUCGAUCCUCCCUUAAACCAAACAAUCGUUUCGCACGGUCAGUCAUAGUACGUUAAUUGGUCGUCGCUUCCGCAAACAAAACGACAAUGACUGCGUCCCUUCAGUUGGACUCUAACACCGUAAGAGUAAUUUUGGCUGAAAUACUAGAAUCUCUUACAACAUGUGAAAACGCAUUGAAUUUAGAAGAUGCCAAGAAUAAGGCUGGAAAUGAUAUGUUAAAAGUAAUGCAAUAUGUUUACCCAAUUGUUGUCAAUAUUCAAAUGGAUGUUAUUAAAAGAUAUGGAAUGCCUGAAGGACGAGAAGGAAUAAUUAAAUUUACUAGAAGUGUGGUUGCAUUUGAAAAAGAUGAUAGAGUCGUAGCUGAUUUACACCGUCAGAUACGAUCAUUUUAUUUGCCACCAGUCAAUGUUUCAAGUGCAGUUACCUCACAUGUUUAAUAAUAAUUAUUUAUUAUUUAACGAUUAACUCAAAUUAACCAUAACUUAGAGUAAAGAAAUGGAGGUAUCUAAUAUGAUUUGUUUGUUUUCCAUUUUCUUUUUU